UCACCAUCACCAUCACCAACAGCUUCAGGUUUUUACAUUGGCAAGAUCCGCCACUUCCUGGAUGCUUAAGCCGAACGUUUGUUUCCCAGAUACCUAGCUAGUGGUCUUGCCCCUAUUCAAAAUGUUGGGCAUUCGCCUGGUAUCUCUGCUGGCCUUCACUGGCUCAGCCCUCGCAGAACUCGACUUCUCCAAGUGGAAGACUCGCCAGCCCGGCGAGCUCCGCGCUCCCUGUCCGGCCAUGAACAGUCUUGCCAACCACGGCUUCAUCCAGCGUGAUGGCAAGAAUAUCACCGUCGAGGGCCUCACCCCUGUCCUCAAGGAGGUCUUCCAUCUCAGUCACGAGCUCGCCUUCACCGUGUCUCAGCUGGGCCUCUUUACGGCCCUUGACCCAUCCAAAGGUGUCUUUACUCUUCAAGACCUCACGGAUCGUCACAACGUCUUUGAGCACGAUGCUUCCCUGUCUCGCGAAGAUGCCAAGUUCGGCGGUGACCAGUCUGUUCUUCAUAAAGGACAGUUCCAAAAGUUCAUGGAUCACUUCAAGGGAGAAAAGUACAUCUCCUUCGAGGCCGCUGCUAAGGCCCGCUAUGCCAUGGUCCAGGACUCGCGCAAGAGAAACCCCGACUUCACCUACGAUGUCACGCACCGCAUCACCAGCUACGGCGAAACCAUCAAGUACCUCCGUACCAUUGUCGAGCCCUCUACAGGGAAGUGCCCGGUUGACUGGAUCAAGAUCCUUUUUGAGCAAGAGCGUCUUCCCUACAAGGAGGGCUGGAGGCCCCCUACCAAUGAGCUCAGCGGCUUCAGUCUCGCGAGCGAAGUUUUGGAGCUGGCUUUGAUCACUCCUGAGAAACUUCCCGUCGAUGAGUGCUUGGGCAAGGGCAAGGGUAAAGGAAACUGCAAGAGACGGCGCAGCUACCUUGGUAUCUAACAGCUUGUAACAACACACCAUGUUCAUGACACAUUAGUUUCCCUUUUGACUGUACCAUAUAUCUACUUUAAUACAUUACAAAGGACUCGCAAAUUACUCUCAUUGCC